CAUUCCCACGGGAAUGGUAAAGUCACGAUGGUCAAUUUUACCAUUGUCACUCAUUUUCCCACCCAAAAAGUGCUCUCAUUGAUAGCGCCGCGCUUCAUCAUGAACUAUUGAGUGAAGAAGAGCAAGAUCAAGCGGAAAAAUCUCAUUUCGUCUGGGGCUGCCCUUACUCCCCGUGGGGAGAAUCAACCAGCGACCCCAUACACGAGCCAUCGGUUGACCUUACCACGAAAUAUUUUCCGUGAUGGAGUUUUGAGUCCAUUAUUUUCUGGAGUCGGGGUCCAGGCCUAGAUCUAUCAUCUUGGGUUAGCUUAACGAUACGACUUAAACCGUUUAGCCAUGCCCUGCCGUACCCCGGACUCGCCGGCACAGACCAACUCCAGCUCUUUACAACUCUCGCCUAAACUUGCUUCACCUUGGGAAUAAUCCCUCUCUAGUUGAAGACUAGGCGAGUCGUUAUCGAUUUUCUGCGGUCAUGUAUCAACAAUUGCAAUCAAUCGGUCUCCGCUGUCUCCAUUUUGAUUAUUGACAAUAAUAAUGCGUUACAGCGAUUGAGGAUGUUGUUACGAAAUCGCUGUGUCCGUAUGACCAUUCAGGCGGUCACUGCUCCGGCAUUUGAAUUCCAUCAGGAACAAGCAAUGGAGACAUCAAUGUUUCGUCACCUCCGAUCAUGUGCUCGGGUGCACUUAGACCGAAUUCUGUUUCAGCCUUGUCCAGCGCUUCUGGAAAUCUGAGAAAGCAGCAACUUGAACCGAAAUACCAAAAAUGAUCAAUCUCGAAGCUCCGAUAAGGAACUGCCGGUUUCUAGAAAUUCAUGAUCUUCAACGCGAAGUCCUUCCUCCGUGUCUGGGCAUCUGCAGGUCCGGAACGGUCUAAUUGCAACAUCACCAAGACACGGAUGUUGGUUUGCUUUGACGUGGGGGAACACAAUACACCUCGCCGUGGCGUAGACAACAGAGGCCGUCAUCUAUGACUCUUGGAGGGACUAAUUGAGGCCGGACAUGGCUUGUCAAGGGGGGUGAAUGUUGCUAGCCGGGCCCCAAAGAUAGCCUGUCCGAUCAUGUGACCGGUCGUCGACACCGGAACAGAGGGCCACCUGAUUGCAAGCAACAACUCAAUCUAUCGAGAUGAGACGGUAUCAGGUAUCAGGUGGCAAGGGGGUGGUUUCAAUGUUGGCGAUAGAGUAUGGACACGCCCUGAUUAGCUUCAGAUGUGCCAGAUGCACCAGAUGCAAAAGAAGUAUUUAGAAGACGUCUAGAUCCAACCUCAAUCGAAUUAUCAUCAUCAUCAACAAACAGUACUCUACCAUUCCAACCAACGAGACUUUUAUAUAAGACUUCGAGUCCUUAUCUCUUGUCUUCACAUCUUCACUCUUCAUCAAGAUAUCCAACACUUCCUCCUCCUCUUCUUCUCUCUCACACACAAUCACAUCCACAAUGGCCCAGUCAUUCUUGAAACGAUACUUUGGCCUCGGCGGCUCUUCCACUCCCGCUGCCAGCCCUGUCACUGAGAAGAGCGCCGUUCGUGCUCUUCCCGCUUCAUGGUACACCUCAGUCGAGAUGUACGAGCUCGAGAAGCGCGCCAUCUUCUCCAAGAAGUGGCUCCUCACCACUCACAAGGCCAGAGUCCCCAAUGCUGGUGACUGGCUCAAGUAUGAGAUGGCCAACUUCGAGUUUGUCAUUGCCAGAGACGAGGAUGGUAACAUCAACGCUUUCCACAACAUCACCCGCUUCGGUACCUUCCCCAUCGUCGCUCCCGAGCAGGGUGACCACGGUGAUGCCAACACUGGCUUUGACCAGAAGCAGAAUGGUCUUCUCCCCAUCCACGUCAAGGUUGACGCUCGUGGCUUCAUCUGGAUCAACAUGGACGGCGCUAAGACCCCUGAGGUCGCCUGGGAGGAUGACUUCGACAACCUUGACACACAUGAGCGCUUCUCUUACUACAACUUUGACGACUACAACUUCGAUCACGUCUGGCAGAUGGAGGGCGACUACAACUGGAAGAUCCUUGCCGACAACUACAACGAGUGCUACCACUGCAAGGUCGCUCACCCUGACAUUCCCACCAUCGCCGACCUCAACUCUUACUGGGUCGAGACACAGAAGUCUUACAUCCAGCACUUCGGUGCCCAGCGACAGGACCAGAUUGACCGCGGAUUCCGCAUCGCUGUCACAUAUUACCUCCCCAAUGCCUCCACCAACAUCUCUCCUCACUUCUUCAUGAUCCAGCGCUUCGUUCCUCUCAGCCCUUCCCGCUCCAUUAUGCGAUACGAGUUCUUCCGCAACAAGAACUCCAGCGACGAGGACUUCAACCUCAUCACUGAGCUCUACAAGCGUGUCAUGUCCGAGGACAAGUACCUCUGCGCCAACGCCCAGAAGAACGUCAACGCUGGUGUUUUCAUCAACGGUGAGAUGCACCCCGAGAUGGAGCAGGGUCCUCUCUUCUUCCAGCAGAGCAUCCGAGAGCAGCUCCAGAACCACCACAAGAAGGAGCAAGAGGUCGGCCACGAGAUCUGGCCCGCUCAGCAGGAGGCUCCCCAGACCACCAUCAACACCAAGGCUACAAGCUCCGCCAACUACUCAUCGGGCAUCGACAUCCGGCCUGCGCACAAGGCCAUUGUUGUUUAGACUUGGGAAUGACUUACUGAUUGAUUUGGAUUACAUGGGAGGAUUUACAAGAUAAAAGCGAGUUUUGCUCUUUUACACAAGAUUGCAUUGUUUAUUCACGAAAGAUUAUGACACAGCAGAUGCUUAAUUAGCUAUACAAUUGCAUCCUGCAACAUUUCUUAGAUAGAAAUUGAGACCUUUACUUCAC